CAAAUUGUAGUCCAACAGGUUUAAUUGGAAGCACUAGCUUUCGGAGCGCUGCUCCUUCAUCAGGUGGUUGUCGAAUUUGCUCAACAUCUUUUGUGACAUCACACUGAAGAGUCUGGCAACAGCAAGUGUAUAUCACAGCUCUGCGGAUGUCCCUGCCAGUAAAGGCUGCCCCUCACCUCUCUCAAAAUGUUGAGCAGAUAUGUCUUUGCAACUCCCGUGUAGCUAUUGUAAAUACAAAACACCGUCAUGACCACCUGACACGGGAACUUCUCACGCCAACUGUUAGCCUCAAUAGCAAUAACACCUAACUCCACCAGGAUGUAUCAAAGGCGGGGGAUCGAUUUUCUUGCCUGUGAAGAAAUACCCCGUGAAAUGCGAGAGUGCUUUAUCGUUUCAAGAUACCGAAGGCCGAAUUCUACAGUAACAGAGUGUGUGUAUUCUGUCCUGCAGCCCACAAACGAAACAUUUAACUUUUGGACUCAUUACAUGCCGUUGCUAUUUUUUCUGUAUCGCUUUCAUCAGAUACUCUUCAAGAACGAGGAGCUUUGCUAUGACCAUCCAUUCCUUUUACCGAUGUGGUGUUUUGCCUUUGGUGUCUCAAUAAUCUUUGCUGAAAGUUGUGCCGCACAUUUAUUUAAUUCUCUCUCACAGCAGCUCCGUCAAAUCUUCUACUACAUGGAUUACGUCGCCUUCAACCUCUAUGGGUUUGGAUCCGCUAUCGCCUGUUACUAUUAUAUAUUCCCAUUGCUAACUGUCAUGAACCCUAUGCUGCUGGAAGGGAAUGGACUAUGUACAGAAUACAGUCAUGUGGUCAAAUUUUACUCUGCUUUCUGUAUUCCUGGGACAUUCUUGUUGCUAGUAAUUUGCACUAUUGCCAUUUGUAAAACUUAUAUUGACUGGGCACAACAUCGCUACAUAAUCAGGGCAAUUGUAUUUCUCAUACCAAUCAAUGUGUCAGUGCCCAUACUCAUCGAUAUUUUUUAUUUUGACCUUCCUUUAAAAAAUCCACACGUAUUUUUUUAUUUUUGGAGACAGCGCACGUGGCUUCUGCUCGCAAUUAUGUUUAACGUGAGCAGAAUUCCAGAGAGAUUUUGGCCGGGUCUGUUUGAUGUGAUAGGACAGAGUCAUCAGUGGUUCCAUUUGUUUAGUUUCCUGACUGUUAAUGACCAACUCUGUUAUUUGGAAUAUGGAUUCAACAUUUUUGUUGAGUCACCACCAAUGAUCCCGAAGUUUGCCGACACAAUGGGCGCAAUGUUCCUUUUGUUGCUGAGCUUUUUACUGGUGAUUAAGGGACUUGCUAAGCAGUCACCUGUUUACAUAUAUAAUUAAUAAAGUUUCCAAGUUGUGGAUUUGGGCGAUAAGACGAUUGUGAAUCCAACACGUUUUGCCUACUGCUAGGAAUACUGCAGUUGUUUCCCAUAUUUCAUCAUCUCUUAAAGUUUUAGAUUUCCUAACAGCAACGAGGUGAAAUUUUUUAUCGGCGUGGGUCAAAAUAAUUUACGAUUGAGGUUAAAUUUUGUAUGAUGUACAGCAAGAUGGCUCAUUUAAUCCCCCCCUCAUUCCUCCAUGUAUUGUUUAGAGAUGUUUUGUAAGUGUUCCUUAUCGGCUUAGCUUCCCACUCAUAUAAGGAUUUAAUCGGCAAAUUUCUUUCAUUAGAAGGCAAUCUGUACUUUUCCUAUUAUUUUCAAAUAUUAUUCAACUGUAAAUUGGCUUGAAUAUUGUGAUUCACCUGGCAGGGUCAAUCUCUCUGGCAGAUGAUAUCUCAUCCUUUAUUAUAACAUGAUUGGAGAAUAAGGCUAAGGAAAUAUUGGUAAAAUUAUAGAGUUUUGUAAGACUUCACCUGGAUUAAUAUGUAAAACUUAGAUCUCUGUACGUAACAGAAAGACAUUUUUCCCUCAAGGGGGUGCA